GCUCGGUAUGGUCAAGGGAUUGCUGUGGUUCGUGGGCGCCAUCCUCGUCACGGCCUCGUCGGCCAAGGACGAGCCGUCGCGCAUGCUCCGUGUGGCGGCGCACACCACCAAGGGUCCGUCGCACUUGGGCUACCCGAUCAACCUUGACGGACCAGUGGGCACAAAGUCGGCGCCUCUCGUGACCACCAUUCUCGACGAGCCCAGCGACGAUGGCUCCUGGGAUGCCCCCGACGAUGACGCGUCGAAGGACGACGAUGAGGAGCCCACAGAUGAGCCUAUCGAUGACGACACCACCGACGAGCCGACGGACGAUGACAGCGCGGACGAGCCAAACGACGACGACGAUGACAUGGAAGUGCUGGCAGAGAGCGAGGACGAUCCGAUGGUGGAGGACUCGGCGAGCACGAACAAGAACGAUACGACGCUUGAUCCGAGUCUCUUCGAGGACGACGACAUCCUCACGACGGCGCCGCCAUCGAGCAAGAGCCCCGAAGACUCGGCCAGCACAAACAAGAACGAUACGACGCUCGACCCGAGCCUUUUGGAAGAUGAGACUCUAGAAGACGAGGACAACACUUCGGCGCCCAAGGAGCCAGAAGACUCGGCGAGCACGAACAAGAACGAUACGACGCUGGACCCGAGUCUCUUCGAAGAUGAGACUCUGGAAGAAGACACUGUGGACGACGAGGACAGCACUUCGGCGCCCAAGGAGCCGGAAGACUCGGCGAGCACGAACAAGAACGAUACGACGCUUGACCCGAGCCUCUUUGAAGAUGACGAUAUCCUCACGACGGCGCCGCCAUCGAGCAAGAGCCCGGAAGACUCGGCGAGCACAAACAAGAACGACACGACCCUCGACCCGAGUCUGUUCGAAGACGGCACGCUCAACACGACGGCGCCCGUCAAGGCCAUGAACUUGCAGUCGGAAAACACCGGUACGGCAAACGACAAGACCGGCGACAGCACGACGCCGUUCAUUGUUGCUGGUGGUGUCGUCGGCUGCGUGGCCAUCUUGGCCGUGACGGCGUACGUCCGCCGCCGCCCGGCCAAGCCCGAAGACCCGCACAAGUCGCGCAUGCGCUCGGUCUACGUGAUUGACGCGCACACGCUGUAAAUACCCCACUCUUCGUGUUGUAAUACAAAGUUUCCAUGUCCUUCCACAAAGGUCAAGUGCAA